GUGGAUUAAAUGGCGACUUUUCACGGGAGAACUUGUUGGGGGACAGCGCUGGUGGUUUUGCUGCUUCCUAUUUCGGGUGUUUGGUGCUUCUCUGAGCUUUUCUUCACCAGGGAGCCCCAGGAUGUCAUUGCGUUGCGGAAAGACCCUGUGGUUCUCGAUUGCCAGGCUCGUGGAGAACUCCCAAUUACCAUUGUGUGGAUGAAAAACAGCCAAAAAUUAGUUGAUAAUGAGCGGAUAUACAUCUUAUCAAAUGGAUCUCUUUACAUCACGGAGGUUGAACAUCGUAAAGGAGAACGAUCAGAUGAAGGCUACUAUGAAUGUUUGGCUCAAAACAAAUAUGGGGCCAUUUUGAGUCAGAAAUCUCAUCUCUCAGUGGCCAGUAUGUCACCAUUUGAGGUUCAGCCAACCCAUACAGUGGUCAAUGAAGGUGAAGUAGCAAGGUUUAUCUGCAAAAUAUAUGCAAAUCCUCCACCAAUCAUUACCUGGGAAUUCAACCGUACAGCACUACCGCUUGCUACUGACCGAAUAACUGCUCUUCCAACUGGGGUUCUUCAAAUCUAUGGUGUUGAAGGGCGGCAUGCUGGACACUACCGUUGUAUUGCAACCAAUGUCGCGAAUAGGCGAAGGAGCAUGGAAGCCACUUUAACUGUUAUUCCAGCUUGGGAGCCAAAAACUUUGCAGAAACCAGUGAUUGUAGCGGGUCCCCAGAAUCUCACUGUACCUGUGCAUCACACUGCCAUGCUGGAAUGUGUAGCCAUUGGUUCACCAAAGCCUCUUGUUUCUUGGAGUCGUUUAGAUCACCGAUCUAUUGAUGUCUUCAACACUCGGGUUCUGGGGAAUGGAAAUUUGAUGAUAUCUGAUGUGAAAGUGGAGCAUGCUGGAAUAUAUGUGUGUCGGGCCACCACACCAGGCACACGCAAUUACACUGUAGCCACAGCAAUGCUUACUGUGUUGGCCCCACCUUCCUUUGUGGAGUGGCCUGAAAGCCUGACACGGCCACGUGCUGGCACAGCCAGGUUUGUGUGUCAGGCAGAAGGUAUACCUACACCUAAAAUUAGCUGGCUGAAGAAUGGACAAAGGAUUCACUCCAAUGGCCGCAUCAAAGUCCAGUAUAGCAGCAAACUGGUGAUAAACCAGAUCAUUCCUGAAGAUGAUGCAAUUUACCAGUGUGUGGCUGAAAAUCAACAAGGAUCUGUUCUUUCAGUGGCUAGGCUGAUUGUGAUUAUGUCUGAGGACAGGCCUAGUGCACCUAGAAAUAUCCAGGCUGAAACUGUGUCCAGUUCAGGGAUUCUUCUGUCUUGGGAAAGACCCAUGUACAAUUCGGAUAAAGUAAUUGCGUACUCUGUCCAUUACAUGAAAGCUGAAGGUUUAAAUAAUGAAGAAUAUCAGGUGGUUAUUGGGAAUGACACAACUCGUCACAUUAUUGAUGAUUUAGAACCAGCCAGCAAUUACACGUUUUAUAUUGUAGCAUACAUGCCCAUGGGAGCUAGUCGAAUGUCGGAGCAUGUUAUUCAGCACACGUUGGAAGACGUCCCUUUGAGAGUGCCAGAAAUCAGCUUGACUAGUCGCAGCCCAACCAACAUCCUGAUUUCGUGGCUUCCCAUUCCAGUCAAAUUCCGAAGAGGGCGUAUUAUUGCAUAUCGCAUUCAUUACCGUAAGAACACAGAAGGUGCCGUCCAUCUUGUGGAGCUUCCAGGAACCAUAUCAGAACAUCUACUUGAAGGUGUGGAGCCUGACAGCACCUACCUUGUACGUAUCUCUGCAGCAACCAGAGUGGGAUGGGGGGAAUCUUCAAUCUGGACAUCCCACAGAACUCCAAAAGCUACGAGUGUGAAAGUCCCCUUGGCCCCAGAGCUGCGUUUAGAACCAUUGAACUGCACAACUAUUACAGUAAGUUGGAAGCAAGCAGAAGAGAACAGUGUGCACAUCCAGGGAUACAGACUGUUUUACAGGGAGGAAAGUCAACAGGAAACUGGGCCAAUUGGGCUUAGCAUGCAAGAUUCCCAUUACACCAUCAGUGGACUUGAUCCUCGCAAAAAAUAUCAUAUGCGUUUGCUGGCGUACAAUUAUAUGGGUGAAGGCUACCAGGCAGAUCAGACAGUAAGCACCCCAGGAUGUGUGUCUGUUCGGGAUCGCAUGGUGCCUCCUCCACCUCCACCUCAUCAUCUGUUUGCAAAAGCCAACAGUUCAUCAUCCAUUUUCUUACAAUGGGGAAAGCCGGCUUUUACUACUGCAGCAAUGAUCAACUAUACUCUCCGCUGCAACCCUGUGGGACUGCAGAAUGCUUCCCUUGUUAUGUACCUUCAGACGUCAGAAACACACCUGCUUGUUCACGGCUUACAACCCUUCACCAAGUAUGAGUUUGCUGUACGUCUUCAUGCAGACCAACUCUCCAGCCCCUGGAGCCCUGUGGUUUAUCAGCUUACGUUGCCAGAAGCUCCAGUCAAUCCACCUUCAAGUGUAAAAGUCACAUUAAUAGAAGAAGGAACAGCUCUUAUAUCGUGGAAACCCCCAGAAGAUACCAACACUGCUAUCACCCGUUAUACCAUCCUUUACGCUUCCAGAAAGGCCUGGAUUGCAGGCGAGUGGCAAAUGCUUCAUAGGGAAGGAACAAUUACUAUGGCUUUGUUGGAGAACCUCCUUCCAGGAAAUGUCUAUCUCAUUCAGAUAUCUGCAUCUAAUGAAGUAGGAGAAGGACCCUUUUCAAAUGCUGUAGAGCUAGCAAUCCCUGUGAAGGAAACUAUAUACUUUAGCCAGGGGCCUAAGUGGUCUGACUCUCGCAGUAGUGGAGAUGCCAAAGUUAACUCUGAUGUAUUUUAUCACCUGGACCAAAAGUCAAUGACUGGAAUUAUCGUUGGAGUUUGCAUAGCCCUAACUUGUAUCAUCAUUUGCGUACUUAUUCUCCUCUAUCGAAGCAAAGCCAGGAAAUCUUCUGCAAUCAAGGCUGAGCAACAAGGAAAUGUACAGAUGGCACAUGUUACAAGACCACUGGUUAAUGGCACCCAUCUUAUUAAGAGUCAGACUGAGCAGCAAACUGUGGAAACCUUAAUGCCAAUGAUGCAUGAAAAUGUCUUUCUGGAUACCAAGGGUGGAUCUGAUAUGAUUAUUCGCGGCUCUACACAUGUGAACAAAAAGGUGAAAAAAUGGUCGUUUUUUGGGUCAACUAAGAAAUCUGUGAAGGUGCAUAAACCAAAGCAGCAGCCAGUAAGAAGACACGGGCGAGGCAUGAGUUCUUACCAGCUGACUGGCUUGAUCUGUGAAGAAUCGGGUGCCUCAAUACUCGUUCCACCGAUAUCGUUGCAAGCGGUGUUUGGCACUACAGGCGAUGCGGAAUAUUCUCAUAACAGUGACGGAAGUCAUGAAACUGGAGAUUCUGGCAGAUACUCACAUGAUUCUAGAGAGGAAAUGGAAAUGGCUCACCUUUCUUCUGUCACAUGUACUACACCUGCCUUCUUGGGACCAUUUAUUCAGGCAGAAACAGCCAGGGUUCCUGUCACGUCUACCUCAGAGGAAGCUCAAUGCCUGUUUGGUUCUCCUUCUACCUCAGACCUGCUGGCACCACCUGAAGUACGUCAAAUGCCUUCUCCAAAAACUACUCAUGAAAAUGCUGACACCGAAUUUCCAGUUUGAGUUACCUGAUCCAGUUUGACUAAUUUAUCUGUACUAUGGACAAUGUGCAGUGAGCCAAAGAACAUUCUGGAAUGGAAAUCUGGGUUUUUUAA